AUGUCGGGAGCGGCGGGGCCGGGGCCGGGUCUGCCCGCCGGGCCGGGUCGCUCCCCGCUGCCCUGCGCCCCCCGCCCCGCCGCCGUGCUCCAGCUGGGCGGGGGGGCCGAGCCGGCCCGGCCCGGCGUCGCCGUCAUCGACCUCCGCUUCCCCCGCGGCGCUGCCGCCGACGUGCAGGAGAUCGUCUUCAGGAACUUCUACACAGCGUUCCUGAGCGUGCGGGUGCAGCGCCCCGGCUCCCGGCGCUGGGUGACCUGCCUGCGGGACUACCGGCUGAUGCCUUGCCCACACACCGAGGAGGGCUCCCAAGACUACUUCUCCCUCUGCCGCCAACAGAUGCUGUGUGACGUGGGCCAGGUGACAGCGUUGCGGUUCAUCCUGCGGCAGCCCUCACCGGUCUGGCUCCAUUUCACCAUCGAAGAGCUGCAGAUUUUCCCCCCUGGACAGAAGAGCCCCCAGAAGGAUUUUCCCUCCUGGCUCUCCCAGCUGACCCCUCCGGAGCAGCCACCCAGCCUGCAUGGGGAGCUCCCUGACCCAGAGAAGGUGUCAACAGAGGUGCAGCAAAUGUGGGUGCUGACAGAGGUGAUCCGGGCUCGCCAGGCAGCUGCCCGCAUCGGGCGCUUUGAUGUGGAUGGCUGCUACGAUGUCAACCUGCUUUCCUACACCUGAGCCCCAAGGUGUCAGAUGGAGGACACCAGCUCCUCCAUGCUCCUGAGGCCCAAACGGAUUCCUGUGCUCCUGCAUCGGCCUUUGUUCCUGCGGCCCUGGGAGCUGCCCAGGCUCUCCCCGUGCCCUUUCCUUGGCUCCUCCUGUGCUGGCUGGCAGUCGUGGGCAGCGCUGCCGCCCCAGAGGCCUCCG